AUGCGAGUGUGUUUUGUUAUUGCAGGCGAUUUCGAGGAAACCACUGCCAAUGAGUUUUCGAAUGUGCCCACCAUCUCUCCUUUUCUAGCGCAUGUUGGAAAUUUGCCGCUUGACGCGACUGAGUCGGAUUUAGCAGACGUCUUCCACAGCUUGAAAAUCAAGGAUAUUUACGUAGUGCAGCAAAAAGGAUUCGGUUACGUCGAAUUCGAUACUCGCGAGGACCUAAUCUCUGCAUUGUCCCUUGAUCGACCGAGGCUGAAAAACAGAGACCUCAGGGUUGCCGUCGCUGACAAAACUCAGGUUGAUCGCGGAGGUCGCAGUAAUGACCGUUCACGUUUUGUCGAUAGGGGUAAUCGCGGUUAUUACAGCAAUUAUGCAAAUUCUUCCGGGCCUCAGCUGUAUCCAUCUUACGGGAUCACACGCAGUUCGAGUUACACGUGUAGAAUCGAACCGCCCUUUCCGCCACCGUCAUCUCUGGACUAUCAUGAGCCCCCGCGGUACGGCUACGACACUUCUUCGACAUACAACGGCUACGACAACGAUCGAGAGCCGCUGCCUUACCGUAAGAACUCUGCGGAACCUCGAAUGUACCCGACGAUGAAGCAAAGUUCAUACAGCAGUCAACACUCCUUCGAACCAGCUGACUCUUCGUACUACGGCAGAUCUUCUACGUUAGGCAGGGACAGGCGACAAUAUCGAAGAGAGCGAUAUCCCCCAUUCGCCAAUGCAAACGACGUCGCCUUUCUUCCAAGGCGUGACCUUUACUCCAGGUUUCCGCGUGACUAUGAAACCUGGCCAGAUCUGCCUCCAAGACCUGAUGAAGUGCCGAAGGAGAGAAAAAAGUUAGAACUCGUGCCUCGUUCUCGUCCGCUUAGCGGAGACGCUCCUGACCCGGCAGCCCCUUCCAAGUCGAGCAUAUUUGGCGAAGCGAAGCCGGUGGAUACGGCGGCGAAAGAGCGCGAGAUUGAAGAGAGGCUCGAGCGCGAGCGACAGGAGCUUCAUCGCCAACUUGAAUUGGAGCAAGAAGCACCUUUUGCCACCGCUCGUUCGAAUCCGAACAUUUUCGGCUACUGUGCACCAGGCGAGGACUCGUCUCCGAAAAGCACGACGCCUCGAGCAAUCGAAAUUGCUCGAAAACCCGUCGAUGUCGAUACCGGCGUGGUUUAUGGUGCUGAUGAUGAUGAGGGUCGGCCGAUCAAGUUUUUGUCAAGAUGCUCCAGUGUCAAAGAAGUGGUCAAGAGGGAAAGCUCGAAUGCUAUUGAUGCCGGUUCCAACAAGGGUGUUGUUGCAGCCAAGGAAAACGGAAAAGAAGACGGCGAGACUAAGUCCAAGUCAGGGGAUAGACGUCACCGGGCUGGCCGACAGCGAGGGCAUCGUGAGUUUAGCGCCGAUCAAGGAGUUCGAGGUCGAAACUCGAGCGCUCGCAGCGGCAAACCCGACCAGGGUGCCCGCGUUGGUGGCCAAGGACAAAGGCCCGGACGUAGAGACCAGCGAGCUAAUGGAGGCGGCGAAAUAUCGCGCUCUGGCUCUACCGAAAUUAUCUUCACACGAGGUCCGAUCACCGUGACCAGAAAUGCGGAUCGCAGGAAGGUGCAAAACAGAGAACCAGCUGCUGCGGUCAGCGCUUUAGAGUCACGCCGUAAAGUUGACGAGUCAGCUUCCGCAGUCGCUCAGUUGCCCCGUAUCAAAGAACAAGAAAUAUCAAAGCCUCCUUGUAAACCCGUGAACAACCCCGUGACGACGACAACCACGUCUGGCCGAAGGUCAAAUCCGUCCAAGGUUAAAGAUAUGCCCAAAUACGAGCCUGUCAGCCCGAAGUUUGUUGAUGCCAACAAGUUCGCCCUACUCGACGAAGUUAACGAGGAUUAG